AACCAAACAGCUGACUUCGUGAAAAACAAAUAGUGGGGGCAGAACGCAUAAAAAUACGUGUUAAAUCUAAAAAAAACAAAGCGUAGGUGCAUCAGCAAAAUGGAAACGCCGAUUCCCGAUGAUUUGUUACAGUUCCGCGACUACAGCAACACUAGCGCGACUAACAGCAGUGCGCCCGCACAAAUUAAUGUAAACUCGCCAACACAUUCAACUGGCAGCGCUACGGGUGGGAGCGCUAGCAGCAACGGACGCCAACGUGGUGAUCCCUUGUCCGAUCUUAUCUACGACAUGAGCAACUCAGUGCAAACACUGACUGGUGGCGGUAGCGCGAACGCUGCAGCCCCUGGCGGAGGGGCGGAUGGCACUGCCGGCAGCCCAGGCGCUGGCACACGCCUCUCCUUUUUAACUAUUGAAUACUAUCAGCAGUUUUUUAACGUAGACACGUACAUGGUGCUUGAGCGCAUUGCCAAUUCAAUGAUACCCAAGCGCGCCGCUGGCAACUAUCUGCGCAUGAACAUAGGAGAGAAUCCAGAUCUCUAUGGACCAUUUUGGAUAACCGUUACACUGAUUUUCUCGAUUGCCAUCACUGGUAACAUAGCGAGUUAUUUGCACCACGCUACUGACGCCUACCAAUGGCACUACAAUUUCCAUUUGGUCUCUUACGCUGCCACGUGCAUCUUUCUCUACGCCAACGUCUUACCGAUCAUCUUGUGGGCCCUAUUUAAGUAUAGUCUAAAGCCCAUUAAUGACACAGAUACCAUAGAAGCGGACAGCGCCAACUACACGCCAACCUUGCUUUCCUUGAUGUGUGUCUAUGGCUAUUCCUUGGCUAUUUAUAUUCCAGUUUCCAUACUGUGGGUGAUUAAUAUUUCACUCCUGCAGUGGCUUUUAGUCAUCACGGCUGCCAUGUUGUCCGGCACCGUAUUGAUCGCUGUGCUGACGCCCGCUUUGCGCAACUCGCAGUUCUCGCUAUUCCUUAUAAUUGGAAUUCUUGGCGCUCACGUGAUCCUGGCCGCCGGCUUCAUGCUCUACUUCUUUCAUAGUCCACAAGAUCCGUUGUCGCCUGCUUACGCUGCACUCCAGGCACCAACACCCGAUUCCAUUGACGGCGUCUUGCCGUCAGUCAACCGCACACGCUGAGACACAUUCCCUAAAAAUUAUAUAGACUUAAUUCAUUUAAACGUUGUUGUAUUCAUCUAUAUUGUGCGCUUAAUUCAACGAUUAAUGAGGUUUUUUGGCUGAAACGUUAAA